AUAUGGACUGAGCCAGGGGACUGUUAGUCAACUGGAAGAUCGACUGUUAGUCUGUCCUUCUCUUCAGUCGCCUGUGAAACACUGGGGACUGUUAGUUGCCAUGUGUUGGACUGCAUGGAAAUCCUCACAAACAACAACGAAAUAUUUCGAACAGCUUGAGAUAGAGCGGAAGUUGGAAUUGAUCGAAAAUGAGAAAUCUAUCGAGUUGGCUGAAAUAGAACGUUACCCAAACUCUAAAUCACGUAGAAUCGACAAUGAAAGUUCAUCAACAAUUACUGAUGGUAUUGUAACAUUUAGUCAGAAACAAAAUGAUUAUUCAGCAUCUAGUGGAAAUCGUACGCCAGAACAAUAUAUUACACCGGAAGAUGACGAAGAAGGGGAAAGUUCACUCUACGAUACUUUCCCAACACAUAUUCAUAAACGACCAGAGUCGAAUCCUUUCAUAGUCAAUUCACAAGGGACGAAGCACGAUCGUGACGUCGAAGAAGAGGAUAAUGAUGAAUAUAAUGCGGAUCAGACGAUCAUUGGUGGAAAAAGUACCAUUGGAUUAGAAAGUCUCACACAAUACCAGCUGGAGAAGAACCCGCCAAAGACGAGACCGGAAUAUUACGAUGUCAUUUUUUUUAAUGAUAACAAUAAAGAUGGUUUCUUAGAGACAUUGGACGAAAAUAUCGUAGAAAAAAUGCUUGACGAUGUAAGACGAAAGGAAGAAAAAACAGAAGAUACUUCGGGGCAUGAGAUUAAGUUACUAUUGGACAGCAUCAUUGAUCGUAAUAUCGAAAAAACUAAGAAGAAACUUAAACUGAAUGAAGAUAUUCCUUCAUUUGAGAAAAAUUUUGCGUUGAAUUUCGUGAGACAUAUGGUAAAAUUAAUAGAAAAUGUGAACUUGCUCCUCGAUCAAAUGUCCGAAGGAACAUAUAUAGUUAAUGUGUUAGCUCCGAUCCUCUCUGAAUUUUUCAUUAAAAACAAACAAGAUUGGUAUGCCUCUUAUGGGGAGACGUGCCUCAAAGCAAGCGCAAAAGAUGAAGAUGAUGAAGAAUUUUCCGUGACUGAAGUUAAGUGGUCCACCGGCGAAGAACGAUUGGUCACACUUCAAGAUAUGGCGAAAGCUCAUGAAACUGUGAUGGGCUUGUUGAAAUAUGAGUCCUUGUUAUCCGAAAGCACAAAAAACAUCUUAUGGGCUAAAGGUGGUAAAGUUGAUUUUAAGAAGAUGACAACACGAAUGAUUCAUACUCCGACCGAAAGUACUAAAAAACAAAGCAAGCACGAAUCAAUUAAG